GGUUCGUGCCGCCUUGACGGGCGAUCCUCGGUGACACAUCUCCUCCACCACACCACCACCUCCACCUCCACCUCCUCCUCCUCCUCCGCUGCCGCUCCGCUUCGCCAUUGUGCGUGGAGCCCAGUGAGCGUUGAGGUCGAGGCUGCCGCUUGGGGGGGGGGGACGACGGCGGAUAAUUAACAAACAAACAAACAAACGGACUAACGGCUGAAUUAUCCUCCAUCUUCUUCUCCUUCUUCUUCCUCCCGAACCGUCCGCCGCUUCCCUCUCCUGGCCUCACCGACGACACCCAUGCAGCAGAGGAGACCCCGGACGGGACUAGCUACAUGUGAUUCAUGUUGGGUAACGGGGUGAAGCGGAAACUGGACGAGGAUGAGGACGUCUUGGAGGAAGACCGGCGCCCUCUGGUGGCCGGCGGCAUGUCGCACGCCUCCUACACGCUGCAGCGCCAGACGGUGCUCAACGUGUCGCUCAUGAAGCUGUACGGCCCGCGGACGGGCGCCGACCUCGGCCUGCAGCGCCGGGUCCUCAUCAACAACGUCAUCCGCCGCAUCCACGACGACUUCCGGCAGGAAGGAGGCGUCGGCGCCCUCUUCUUCUCGGCGGCUCCGCCCGCCACCGAGGACGAGGCCUACCGACAGGCUCCGCCUCCGCCUCCCUCCUCCUUCAGCAUCCUGUCGUCGUCGCUGUCGGGUCUGACGCCGCUGGACUCCUGCCUGACUCCCGCCUCGCUGCUGGACGAGGACCUGCCCAUGUUCUUCACGCUGCCGCCCUCCUCCUCCUCUUCCUCCUCCUCCUCUUCCACCUCCACCCAACACCACUCCCACUCCCCAAGGCCGCCGGCCUCGCCGUCGCCCAAAGACAGCUUCUCCUCAGCCCUGGAGGAGAUCGAGGAGCUCUGCCCCUCCUCUUCAUCUUCCUCCUCCUCGGGCCCGCCGUCACCACCUCAGGUUCAGUUUGAUGUCGUCAUGAAGGAGGAGGUCUUUCAGGAGGUGGAGAAACCUCCUCCUCUUCCUCCUCCUCUUCCUCCUCCUCCCUCGCCGUCCUCCACGGGCUCCUUCCUGACGGACUUCGCCCUGGACGACGUCCUCUUCACAGACAUCGACACGUCCAUGUACGACCUCGGCCCCUGCCCGCCGCCGUCGGGAGCGCCGCCGUCCAAGAUGGCCCCCGUCACGAUGGCGGACGACCUCGUGCGGUCGAUGUCGGGGUACGGAGCGGCGGGGGCCGGCGCCCAGAACCAGCCUUUCAAAAUGGACCUGGCGGAGCUGGACCACAUCAUGGAGGUGCUGGUGGGCAGCUGAGAGGACGUUUUAGUCCUUUUUUUUUUUAAUGAACUUUUUGUUUAAUUUUGUACAGUUUUUAAAGUCACGACUGGUUUUAUUCUGGAGGAUUCACGGGCGUCGGUUCAGGGGCGUCGGUUUGCGAGCCGCCUUUCACGCGUGCGUUCGUUGCGCAACUCAUUGCCGGAGGGCGCCGUUGUUCCACAAGGUUUCUGAGAAAAGCUUCCAACACGCUCGCCAGGCAGAGGAAGAACCCGUUCUGCGGCCUCGUGGGCGGAGAACCAUCCUUAAAAGGAACUCUGCUUCGCGCUCAGCCAGGAAGUGAAAUAACGCCUCCCAUCACGAUAGCAUCAACGCUAGCAGCACUUAGCUACACGUUAGCUAACGGGACGGAAACACGCGCGCGUCAGCGUGUUCUUAGGAUCGUCUUCCGGGCUCGAUAACGCCGGCGUUGAAGUUCUCGUCCGGUUUUCUACCACCGCUCCGACAAAUUGUAAGAAAACAAAGAGACUUUUCUACCGUUUUUACAAACGAGAAGAAGAAGAAAUGAUCUCAUCAGCAUUUAGGGAAAGAAAACUAAACAACCCAGUGCCUUUUUUUUUAAAUAAUCAAAAACCUCGAUCGCACGGUCACGUCUCGCCACCAACUCUGAAGGUUUUUUAUUUUUAGUUUAAUAACCUCAAUUUUCAUCAUGUAAUACCAUCUUGAAAUCCAGAAGGUCCGACCUGCUUUUAUUUUGUCAACAAAGAAUGUGAAAGUCUUUUUAAAAUUGGCGCACAUGUCAAUUUAAUUGUUUUGUUUUGUUCUUUUGAUUUGAUGAGAAGAAGAAAAAUAUACUUAUUUGGCAUAAUUGGUUUUGUUUUCACUGCAGUCGUUUAAAACUUUUAGUUUCAGACGCACAAAGAGGAGAAAAUCUCGUUGGUUGAGUUAAAACCUAAAAAUCACAUUGUAAAGAAUCUAAAUAGUCAAUUGUGUUUUUGAUAAAUGUUUUAGAUAAAAAGCUACAAAGAAUUAGUAGGAAACGAAAAACAUUGAACUCUUAAGUUGCCUCUGAAUGCAACAUUUUCCUUGAUUUGACACCGUUAGCUUAGCAUGAAGGAAAAAAAAUCAACUUUUCUUUUUCAUUUUGACGCAGAAAUGUUGCCGUUUCAAAAAAAAGAAGUUUGUUAAUUAACUUUUAACUCAACCAAUGAAACGUCUCCUCCUAAAAUGAAGUGUUUAAGAGCUUCAACCUGGAGGUUUAACGGUGAAACAGACGUCCCAACACACAGCUCUAUGAAUUAUUUAUUAUCUCUCAAGAUCUGUGUAUAUUUAUUGUAACUCAUGACACUAAAAUUUUGUUUGUACAAAAACAUAAAUCUGUAUUCUUUGAAAGGAUUAAGUGACUUCCUGAGUCGACUUGGAAGUCAGUUUUGAUGAAAAGUACCAUCAUUUAAUAAAUGACUUGGUUUUGUUAAUACUAUGUAAAAUAUUUGUAGGAUUUCAGCGAUGCAAACGGCCUCAAUUCAAUGUGUGAGAGAGAAAGUUAUAUGUGGAUAAACACUGGGCCUGUUUAUUUUAUUUUGUACUUUUUUUUCUGAACUCCAUAACCCUUGUUUGUUUGUUUGUUUGUUUGUUUUGUUUGUCUCCCCCUGGUGUUAACAUGCUGUCUGUGUAUGGACCUCCUAUCCGUCUUCAAUGGAUCAGAUCGAUCAGACCUGGAUCAAUCAUGUCCUGAUACGUGAAUAUUCACGCUCCACCUGCUGGACAGAUGACGUAACGUCUGUCUCCACCUGCUGGACAGAUGACGUAACGUCUGUCUCCAC